GGGUUUUUAACCUGAGGAAGUAGGGUCAAAUUGUUUACUUCGCCAAUAUUUAAAUUAUAAUAUAAUUAAAUUAUAUUUAUAAAUAAAUAUAUGUGUAAAUAUGUUUAAAAUCAUUUUGUUUGGUUGUGUGUGUGUUUGUGUGUUAGUGAAUUGUGAAGAUAUAAAUUGCGAGACAAAAACUGGGGAAAGAGGAGUUUGCCGAUAUUUACCACUCUGUCCUUCAGCUGUAAGAGAUCUCAAGUUUAAAAUACAUCCAAAGAUCUGCUAUUUCAACGGUACUUCUAUAAUUCCCACAGUAUGCUGCUUAGAAAAUCAUGAUAAAGUGGAGCCUCUGAUUGAGCGAAUAAAAGGAGAUUCUGAACCUUCUGAGAGCGACAACACGACUUGUCCAAAACCCAAGUUCACACAUACAAAACCAACUGGAAAAAUUCUAAGUGAAAAAGCUUGGAAAAAAUGUGCAGAACAUCAAAGUAAGAUAGAUCUGCCGUGUAAGAAUGGCAGGAGACAGUUUGACCCCUACUGCGGAGUGCGGGACUCUAUGAUAACGGGGGGAGGAGGCAUCGAUGCGGAAGACCAUGAAUUCCCACAUAUGGCUCUCCUGGGCUACGGGAAGAACUUCAGCGAGGCCACGUUUGGUUGCGGCGGCUCCCUCAUCAGCGAGAGCUUCGUGCUCACGGCGGGACACUGCACGGCCACCAGGACUCACGAGGUGGUCUCCUACGCAGUAUUCGGUAUACUCGAACGAGAAGAAAUUCCUAACACUCCGCCUGAAAAUGUUCGCCAGUUCAAGCGUAUUGUGAAACAUCCGCAAUACAAACCACCUUCUGUAUACCACGAUAUUGCUCUUCUGGAGUUGGAUAAACCGAUCCAGCCAAAUUACAAGAUCCGACCAGCCUGUCUUCACGUGGGUAGUGAUGUUAAUGAUAUCAGAGCAUACGCCACGGGAUGGGGUGCUCUGGGUCAUAGGGGACCUAACGCUAAUGUUCUUCAGAAUGUACCACUAUGGAAAGCGAAGGAUGAAGCCUGCAAGGCACAAUACCCACCUCACAGGGUUUUUGUGAAGGGGUACGAUAAUAGCACUCAAAUGUGCUACGGUGAUGAUGGCAUACCUAGGGAUACCUGUCAAGGAGACAGUGGAGGACCAGUCCAAAUCCUGAAUCCUGAUGGAUUCUGCACCUACCUUCUCAUCGGAGUGACUUCUGUGGGGAACACAAAUUGUGCUCAAGUUGGAUUCCCGGGUCUUUACACCCGGGUGUCCUACUACGUGCCCUGGAUUGAAAGUAUCGUAUGGCCUUAGGAAUUGAAGAUUUGGAGACUCCUAAAGACGUGGUUUGGAUUUGAAGAAUUAUGUCAGUGUUAGAUAGUCCAUUUAUCUAGAAAGGCU